GCCAUUGUGACAGUGAUGGUGCAUUCCUACGACUAGUAUUCACAGCGGCUGUCAGAUUUUACUGGUCUCACCAUACAUUCCAAUCUUUCCUAGAAGACAAUCUGGUCUAGAACAUCUCCCGUCCCUUCUGUGAUUGACAUCUGCGAGCCUUGAAAUCUCUCAGUCAUGGGCUUUGUAGUACUUCCGGCCCUGACACCCGAUGUCAGUGCUGUGUACGAUGUGUACUUUGCAGCCUUCAAGAAUAAUGCAGUCACACGUGCAUUGUUCCCGUCAGCCACAGAGGCUGAUCUCACCGAUCCCAAUUCUGAGUUCCGAAAGGGACAUACGGCUCAUGUGGUGGAUUGGUCGAAAACAAGUCAGACGCAGUACACUCUGAAAUGUGUCGACACCGAGACCAACAGAAUAGUUGGAAUGGCCCUUUUCGACGUAUACAUUACGCCCAGCGACUGGAAACGUGGCGAACUCUCCUGGCUGCAAGGAAAAGAGCGUGAACAAGCCGAGGCACUCAUCAGCCCUCUUUGGGAAGCGAGAGAGAAGCUUUGGAUGAACGAAAAGUACAUCUAUGCUCAUGUCAUGGCGGUCCAUCCCGACUUUCAGCGAAAAGGCGUCGGCCAGUUGAUUUUCGACUAUGGAACCACCAUCUCUCGGCAGACUGGCUUGCCAGUCUAUGUUGAGAGCUCGAAAGAGGGAAUCAAGUUUUACGAAAAAGUAGGCUGUAAGAGGUUGAAAGAGACUCUGAGGCGCGUGACCAACACCGACCGGCCAGUGAAUGGCGAUGAUGCGAAAUCAGACGACGAACUUCCUCUGUUUGUGUGGCUCCCCGAAGGUGGAGAAAAGAUGUUACCAGAAGCUGUAGAAUUGGCAUUGGAUUAA